AUGCAGCUACCACUAGCCGUCCUAGCUACGGCCUUGGCGCAGGCUGCCGUCUGUGCCGCCUCUUCCCUCACUCCGCCGGCUCUACCGUUAAUUGUGCGAAACCCCUACCUCAGUACUUGGCUGGGAGGUGCUCGCAAAGCUCCCUGGACCAAAUGGCCCAUUUUCUAUACUGGACAGGAAGUGGGUCUAUCUUUGAUGGCCCAUGUCCCCAGCCAGGGAACGGUAUACCCACUAGUGGGCAAGCCACAGGACUCCCUGGCCUCGGACAUAGGGUACAAUGUAAAAUAUCCCGAAUAUCUUGGACAUAACUACGAUGCCUCGACAACCAACUUUACCUAUCAUAUUGACACUGGGUCCUCCAAGCCUCUACAUAUCACCGUUUCGUUCCUCUCGCCUAUCACUCCAACAUCGACUCUGCGGCAGUCGAUCCCGGCCUCCUAUGUGACAAUCGACGUCCAUGGUUCGGUCGAUGUCGAUGUGUAUAUGGAUGUGGAUGGGCGCUGGGUAAGCGGAGACGAUGGAAGUCGUCUUCACUGGGAGCGGGAUUCUGUGGAGGUCGAAGACGCAACGACGAAGAAAUCCGGUCUUCAAAGAUGGCAGCUACGACGGGAGUCGGAGCUUCUGCUAUCUGAAAUCCGCGACCGCGCCGAAUGGGGUACUCUUCAUUUUACUGGCCCAAGUGAUGCCCACUUUGAGUCUGGCGAGGCAUCAAAGGUGCGACGGCACUUCGCCAGCAACGGAGCCCUGCGAAACAAGAAUGAUGACCAAUUCCGGGCCAUUCGGGACCGGUCGCCUGUUGUCGCAUUCUCCAAGUCUUUCAAACUUGGGCACGGGCAGACAUCAGACAGUGUCACAUUCACUGUCGCUCUCAUUCAAAUUCCCGUGGUUCAAUAUGCUGCCGCUCGUGGACUCACCCUGAUGCGUCCGCUGUGGGAGUCGUGGUUUCCCACCACUGAGGAGCUGUUGACUUUCCACUAUCACGAUUAUGCUGCGGCCAGUGCUCUAGCUUCCAAUUAUUCGGAACAAGUGGCCAAGGAUGCGUAUCUUUCGGGCGCCGACGACUAUGUCGAUAUAGUUGCGCUUAGUGCACGCCAGGUUAUGGGCGCUACCACUUUCUCCGGCACCCCGGAUAACCCUAUCCUGUUCUUGAAGGAGAUUUCGUCCAACGGCAACUUCCAGACGAUCGAUGUCAUUUUCCCUUCCUUCCCUUUCUUCUUAUACACCAAUCCGCGAUGGCUCGCUUAUCUAUUGGAGCCCUUGAUCGAGCAUAUGUUGAGCGGACAGUAUCCCAACACCUAUGCCAUGCACGACUUAGGCACCCAUUUCCCUAAUGCCACGGGACAUCCCGACGGAAACGAUGAGUAUAUGCCGGUAGAGGAGUGUGGCAAUAUUCUGAUCAUGGGCCUGGCGAUCGCCAACUCCCUUCAGUACGAGGACAGCUCUGAGGCCUCCUCUAUCUGGGCCGCCCAGGGUUCCCCACGUGCCGCCUUCUCCACCCUAUCGUCUGGUCUAUUCCCUCUUGACGACCUCCAGGUGAGGUCGGGCAUCGCCCACCAAGACAGCAAAUGGGGCGGUGGCGUACAUGGUCAGCGUCUCGCAAAGAAAUGGGUGCAGCGCAGCUACCGUCUUUGGAAACAAUGGACCGGAUAUCUGGUCGAAUUUUCCCUGGAGCCGGCCAACCAACUGUCUACAGAUGACUUUGCCGGCUGGCUGGCGCUCCAGACCAAUCUAGCCCUCAAGGGCAUCGUUGGCAUUAAUGCCAUGAGCAAACUCGCCGAAUUGACCGGACACGACUCAGAGGCCUCAUACUUCAAGGACAUUGCCGACAAAUACAUCGCUAAGUGGGAGGAAUUUGGCAUGUCGCGCGACGGCACGCACGCCAAGGUCGCCUACAACUGGUACGGCUCAUGGACGACGAUCUACAACCUCUACGCGGAUGCCCAGCUCUGCUUCCACCUCGACGGCACGGACACCAAGCCUGGCUUCGUGCCGCGCCACAUCUACCAGAAGCAGUCACUGUGGUACCACUACGUGCGGCAGAAAUAUGGGCUGCCGCUGGACAGCCGGCACCUGUACACGAAGACGGACUGGGAGUUCUUCGCGAUGGCGGUGGCCUCCGAGCCCGUCCGCGCGGAGAUCCUCGAGUCUGUCGCGCGUUGGGUCAAUGAGACUGUCACGGACAAGCCAUUCACGGACCUCCACGACACCGAGGGCGACGGCAACUUCCCCGGCGUGACGUUCUUUGCGCGGCCGGUGAUCGGCGGCCACUUUGCGUUCCUGGCGCUGGAGCGGGCGUGUGGGGGGCGGGCCAUGGCGGGGCUGUCGUUCUUGAAUGAGGUUGAUGGGGAGACGGAGCGGGCCUGGGCGAAGAGUGCGGAGGCUGCGGUGGCAGAGUUUGGGCGACCGUGGAGGCUGCAUUCUGGGGAUGAUGAACUGUGA